CAGAGACCCUUCGCUGCCCAUCAGAACAUUUUUAAUGGUGUCUACUGAUUUUUCGUAGUAGUGUUAGCUCUGUUAUGCUCAUAGUGUCGCUUCAUGAGUCCACGCAUAGUUAAUUAACUAUGGUCCACGGACGGAGAAAAUGAUACCUUGACAAAGGUGACUUCAAAAGGGAUUUCUAAAAUACAUCGUUACCUUUUAACUCGCUGGCACCAGGACAAUAUUCAGAGUAUAUGUAUUGUAAGCCAUCUGGUACACAAAUCAACCUGCUAUGGGAAUCAUAUUACUAUGCAUCGUGUUAGGGCGAAAACCUCAAUAUUUAACAAGCUUGUUUAAUGUGAUAUUGCAGAAAUAUCCAAUACAAGAAGAGUACAAGACAAUCACGGAAAUUCUCAAAACACAAUCUGAAUUACUACAGGUUGGUGAUCAGGAACAACUGGUACCCUUUACAUGUAUCAUGAAUGCCACAACAACUAUUAAUUCAAACAAUUUAGUGUUGUACUUUUUUGCUACAGCAAGAUUAUAAUCAAGGAAGAGACGCUUCAAGACAACUUCUUAUGGCCCUGUUACGUUCCCUAUGGAAAUAUUUUUUGUUUAAUUCUCAAGGGAGCCCAGCACUGACACCAAACUUCACAAGCCUUAACAAUCACAGAGAAUGGGAGAAAUUUCACCAAGCAAUUCUACGGCUGUCUACCAACUUGCAACGAAAUAUUCUGGAAACUGCACUAGAGCAAGAUGUGAGGAUGAUAAUAUAUUACCUAAAGGAGUCAACAGCUGUAUGGAAAACACAGGACUCACAAUUCAAAAGACACGCUGAGGACCAAGAAUUAGAUAUACUUGAUGCACAUCCAGUACUGUGAUGUUUUGUACAUUGGAUCUUGCUCGCAUAUUACAUCACUUUGGCAUGUUUCAAGGCUGCUUGUGUUACGUUUCACUACUGGUAUCAAACUGAUUGUUUGUCACUGCUUGAAAUACGUUUUAAUGUGACUAGUUAAUUUCGUAACUUGUGUGGAAUUCCUAUCCGUGUCUAAAACAUUUCACAUACAAAAGUACCUUUUAGUAAAACUACAACUCCUUGAAGGUGCUACAACAAUGAGAGGAUUGCCAAUGAGAGGAAGGCUUAAAGUACUGUUAACCACUUUGAGCUCCAAGUGACGUGUGAGAAAAGUAAAUUUUACACUAGCCACAACGUCAAAGGAGCUUUAGCCGUUUAUAUUCAAAUUAUGAAGGUACAUAUAUUUUUCUGAUAAACUCAAGUUUUAAAGAUAUAAACAGCUUUCAAAUAUACGUUAAUUGUUGAUUGAAUAAUUGAUGUAAUGGUUUUUCUUAACCCUGCAUCUGUUUGGCUCAUUUACAAUAUAGAUUUGUAACAAGAGAGAAAUGUAUGUUUUGUGUUUCAUGAUAAAAACAUUAAAUUGGUUUGACUCCAAAUUGUGACAAGUAUUUCUCAUUUUAAGGUGAUUCCUCAGAAAUAAAAGUUGUCGAACAACUUCCUAGAAACGUCCCCCGAAUGUUUCCUUCCAAGCACUGUAUCGAAAAUACAACAAAUCAAAGUGCACCAUGAGCAAAACUCGUGAAUACAAAUGGUGAAUGAAGUUGUGUCAGGAGCUCCUGACUAUGGAUUAUGUGCAUAAUUUUGACAUUGAUUUACAUGUUAGUAGUUGUCUGCCAAAGUACCAAAUAGACAUUUGGAUAAGAAUGCUUGACAAUUGAAAUGAAAUUGCAAUUGUAUGGGCAUAAGGCCAUGAAACUUGAUUCCGUAGGUGAGGUAACACACCCAGCCGUGGUCAACUAGCCGGCAUUUACAUGCAGUCUUAUCAGCCCCGCAAUCUUGGAGUGAACUUUCUCUGAGGAACGUAAUACAUCAGUUAAUUCUAGCAGUGUUCUUUCCAGCCCUUCCAGGUAGUAAAAAGCUAGGUUUUGCUCACGUCUUCAUUCUGGAAGUGGGCCGUUUCAAAUUUUGUUAUCAGCCCAGAGCGGGCAUUUGAAUACCCCAGAGACAGCCCCAGAACAUUUGGCACCCUUGUGUUUUUGGUCUCGCAUGUACAGGAUGUUCUCCAAGAGGGUAUAAUCAUCCUCACUUGUGUUCUGUUAUUUAUUCAUCUCCUGUUCAUCACAUAUGGAUCGUAUAAAAUUUGUUCUAUAUUGUCUAUAUGAUAUAUGGAGUCUAAGACUAUCUGAGAUGAUCCGUUUCAUUACCAGCUUAUGUUUGUAUUGCGUUUAAUAUUCUGAUAAUGCAAUAGAUUAGAACACAGAGUAGCUUCUGAAGCCGUUCGUUAUUUCUCCCGUUUUCUAUACGUUUCUAUACGUUUCUAUUGAUAUACUUUUGAUAAUCAGUUCUCCCAUUCAUCCGCCAUAGUAGCUGGAAGCAUCAUCAGUCACUGCAUGAUACCCUUCAGAAUCCUCAAGUAGUCGAGUCUACUGGCUUACAUGAAAAAUUUAACUACACUAUUUAGCUAAUCUGAACCUGUUCUCAGUUCGAAUUUGAAUUCCUGCCUUAUUGCAGGUACCCUGCCUGUCAAUUCAACACCAC